GCUUUUUUCAUUCAAUGCGGUUGUUUUCGUUUGCUGGCAGGGUUUUGUUGUGUGCGCGUAUCCUCGGAAAUUUUUGCUCGUAAAAUGCACGGUGUUCGCUGAUCAUUUAAAAACUAACAUUUUUCAAAGUCCUUUUGAAAAUGGUGCCAUAAAAGGAAUUUGAAAAUUGGCUUGGGCGACUGAAAGCUGCUAGCAGAAGAAAGAAGAACAGCAAGAAGAAGCCACGGCGAAAAAAUACGCACAACGCUUGGAAAAGUUCAUCCUGAUCCGAGGACCGGAACUGAAGCGAUAUGAAUACCUCCAGUUCGGGAGCGACCAUCUCCGCAGUCGGAGCGGGUGGAAGCUUAAACAGCAGUAUAAAUAAUGCCCAGGACAUCGAAACUGUUACCAUUAUAAGCGAUGACUCUGAUAUUGAAAUGACCGAUUUGACACCGAAGGCUAAACCCCGACCGGGGCCAGCUUUUGAUAGCGAAGAAGGAAGUAGAAGAAGUCGCAGGAAGAAACCCAAAGUAGAGUACUCCGACACUAAAGUGGUUCACGCAGGCGCUGAGGGAGCCAGCAUUGAGAAAAAACCGGAAGCGAAAGUCGAACCCAAGAUCAAGAAACGGGAAGUGGAACCCGCAGUCAAAGACGAAAAGGGAGAAGUGGAUCCCAAUCCGCAUAGAGAGAUUCUCACCGGCUUGGAAGGAGCUGCUUUUCAGUCCCGAUUGCCGUUCGAGAAAAUGACGGCCGCCGAAGCUGUUUGCUUUCCGGAGAUAACAAAACACGGCUUGGUGGCCCAACGGGUUUUCCUGAACGUUCGAAACAGGAUUCUUCAAAUGUGGAUCGAAAAUCCAACCCUUCAGCUGACGAUUGAAAAUGCUCUCAAGAAUAUGGAACAGCCUUUCGACAGCGAUCCGAACCUGGUACGGAAGGUGCAUGCUUUUUUGGAACGCCACGGCUUUAUCAACUUUGGAAUAUUCAAACGGUUGAAACCACUACCGAGUAAAAAGCUGGCCAAGGUCAUUGUUAUCGGUGCUGGUAUCUCAGGACUGUCAGCCGCUCAACAGCUGCAGCAGUUCGGCUUCGAUGUCAUUGUUUUGGAAGCAAGAGAUAGAGUGGGUGGUCGAAUAGCUACAUUCCGCAAAAAUAAUUACACUGCCGAUCUGGGGGCCAUGGUGGUCACCGGAAUCUGGGGCAACCCUAUUACCAUUCUAAGUAAGCAAACUGGCAUGGAGAUGUGUCCGAUUAAAACUGCUUGUCCUCUGUAUGGGGCUGGUGGAAAACCUGUUCCCAAGCACAAAGAUGAUAUGGUAGAGCGCGAGUUUAAUCGUCUGCUGGAGGCUACCAGCUAUCUUUCUCAUCAAUUGGAUUUCAACUAUGCUGGAAACCACCCAGUUUCGUUGGGUCAAGCCUUGGAAUGGAUCAUCAAACUGCAAGAGAAACACGUCAAAGAAAAACAAGUGCAACAUCUAAACAAUAUUAUUUCCUGGCAGCAAAAACUGGUCGAAAACCAGAAGUGCAUUGACGACACCAUGAAUCGCAUUAAGGAUUUACGUAGAAAGCAUAAGGAGUUGGUCCAAACAAAACCGGCAAAAACAAAUGAAUUGGAUUCCAAAUAUGUUGAGCAUGAAUUUAAAAUUCGUGUCACGGCUCGAGAAGAACAACUGGCAUGGAAAGACAUUGACCGUCUUCGUACUAGUCAGGUUGAUAUUGAGAACAAACUUAAAGAUCUGGAAAAUGAACAGAUAAGCGAAGUGUAUCUUUCCUCCAAGGAUCGUCAAAUUCUUGACUGGCAUUUUGCUAACCUGGAAUUCGCUAAUGCUACCCCUCUCAGUAAUCUUUCACUCAAACACUGGGACCAGGAUGACGAUUUCGAAUUCAUAGGAAAUCACACAACGGUAAAGAACGGGUAUUCCUGUGUCCCGAUCGCUCUCACCGAAGGUCUCGAUGUGCGAGUAAACACCGCGGUCAAACGUAUCAAGUAUUUUCCUGGAGGUGUCGAAGUAACAGCUGAUCUCAAAUCCAACAAUUCAUCCGUUCACUACAAGGCUGAUCUGGUGCUUUGUACGCUUACUCUCGGCGUUCUGAAGGUGGCCAUCUGCGACAAAUCGAACCAAAUGAAUACGGUCCGUUUCGAUCCACCGUUGCCUGAGUGGAAACAGUCAGCUAUUCAACGUUUAGGUUUCGGGAAUCUCAACAAAGUGGUUCUAUGCUUUGAUCGAAUCUUCUGGGAUCCAAAUACAAAUUUAUUUGGCCAUGUCGGCAGCACCACAGCAAGUCGAGGGGAACUGUUCCUGUUCUGGAAUAUUUCUCAAUCGCCGGUUCUGCUAGCGCUGGUUGCGGGUCAAUCAGCAGCAAUUAUGGAAAACGUGUCGGACGAUGUCAUUGUUGGUCGAUGCAUUGCUGUGCUGAAAGGUAUAUUCGGCAAUUCAGCCGUUCCACAGCCGAAGGAAACUGUUGUCACACGAUGGCGUGCUGAUCCAUGGGCCCGUGGUUCAUAUAGCUUCGUUUCGGUUGGUUCCUCCGGGAGCGAUUACGAUUUAUUGGCAGCCCCGGUAACGCCUCGAAGUGACCGGUCCUCCAGUGAACCGAUAGCUGGCAGCAGCAGUAGCAACAUCAAUGGAACGCACAGCAAUAGCAAUGGCAAUGACGAUGACGACGACAGUAAAGCUGACAUUCCUCGGUUGUUCUUUGCCGGUGAGCACACAAUACGUAACUAUCCGGCCACGGUGCAUGGCGCUCUGCUCAGUGGACUGCGGGAGGCCGGCCGAAUAGCUGACUACUAUUUGGGAUUUCCGAACACGUACCCGGAGGCACCGAAGGAGGAACCGAGAAAAUAGAAAUCCUUUUCAAUAAGAGAUUAAACUUUUGAAACCAUUUCACCUUAAUGAGUGGAUCUUCGCCACAAGUUUCUUGCAAAUGACUUUAGUAGGUACAUCUAGAUUUUUAACACUGAUAACACGAAGCUUGACGGUAAAUUCCUAAAUUUAAAACAAUUAGCUAUCUUAUUGCACUAUUAUAUGUGAAUAUAACUAGAAUGGAUACAUUGCUU